CAGAGCCAUGGGCAGCAAGAAGAAGGAAAUUGCCCUGCAGGUUAACAUCAGCACCCAGGAGCUUUGGGAAGAAAUGCUCAGUUCCAAAGGACUAACUGUUGUGGACGUCUAUCAAGGCUGGUGUGGGCCCUGCAAACCCGUGGUGAGCCUCUUCCAGAAGAUGAGGAUGGAGGCUGGCCUGGACCUUCUGCAUUUUGCAUUAGCAGAAGCAGAUUGUCUGGAUGCCCUUGAAAAGUACCGAGGGAGGUGUGAGCCGACCUUUCUGUUUUAUGCAGGGGGAGAACUGGUGGCGGUGGUGAGAGGAGCCAAUGCCCCGUUGCUGCAGAAAACCAUCCGAGAGCAGCUGGAGGCUGAGAAGAAGGUGCUGGCCGAAGGCCGCGAGCGGAAAGGGAUUAGAGACGAGGCUCUGUCUGAUGAAGAUGGAUGCCUCUCCCAUGACAAGGACAAUGGUGAAGAUGAUGACAUGGCUUCAUCGGGGAAGACCUGCACCUUGGCCAUCAUUAAGCCAGACGCAGUGGUCCACGGAAAGACCGAUGAGAUUAUGAUGAAGAUCCACGAAGCCGGUUUUGACAUUUUAGCAAAUGAAGAGAGAACCAUGACAGAGGCAGAAAUGCAACUUUUCUAUCAACACAAAGCUGGGGAGGAGGCAUUUGAGAAGCUGGUACAUCACAUGUGCAGUGGACCAAGCCACCUCCUGAUCCUCACCAGGCCUGAGGGCACAGAGGACGUGACUGCUGCCUGGCGAACGCUCAUGGGGCCCUGUGACCCUGAUGUGGCAAGGAGGGAGCAGCCUGACAGUCUCCGUGCUCAGUUCGGCACAGAAAUGCCCUUUAACGCGGUCCAUGGAAGCCAGGACAGAGAUGCCGCCAGCCGGGAACUGGCAUUGCUCUUCCCCACUUUUAAGUUUUCAGACGAAGUUCUAGAAGCCUCUCUGGCCCCCACAUUUUGGGAGAAGCGUGCUAGGUCAUCUCCACCUCCAAAUCUGGGUGAGAAACCCAAGGGGUCCAGAGUGCAUGUGACUUACCCCACUCCACAAGUAGAACUAGGCCUGGCCUAUGAUGCUCCUGCUGCCGAGUUGGGUAUCCGUGGUCUGAGCUUGAGAUCCCCUUUUCCUGCUGUUUUGUGGAUGGUGAGUGGGACAGAGGACAGGCACAGGGCUACGUUUCGGAAGUCCUGCAGAACGUCUGUCGUCCCCCAGGCCAAGGGGCUGAAGGAGCGGCGGGCCCCACCGAGGCACGUCGAUUCCCUGAGGACACGGACUGAGAGGCUGGGCUGCUCGUCCAGAGCACGUGACCGGGGGCGAGGCCACGAGAUGAAAUGUCAGGGCACUCGAAUCAGCUACACAUAG